UAUCCGAUGGAUAUUCACUGCAAGGCGGACCCCUUCGCGGCCAUGCACCCACGGCACGGGGGUGUGAACCAGCUCGGCGGGGUGUUCGUCAACGGAAGACCCCUCCCGGACGUGGUGCGCCAGCGCAUCGUGGAGCUGGCCCACCAGGGGGUUCGACCGUGCGACAUCUCACGGCAGCUGCGCGUCAGCCACGGCUGCGUCAGCAAGAUUCUCGGCAGGUACUAUGAAACUGGCAGCAUCAAACCGGGCGUAAUCGGGGGAUCCAAGCCAAAAGUGGCCACGCCGAAGGUGGUGGACAAAAUAGCGGACUACAAGAGGCAAAACCCCACAAUGUUUGCGUGGGAGAUCCGCGACAGGCUGCUGGCUGAGGGCAUCUGCGACAACGACACCGUACCCAGCGUCUCAUCCAUUAACCGGAUCAUCCGAACUAAAGUGCAGCAGCCCUUCCAUCCAUCGCCCGAUGGGACAUCCCUGUCGACGCCAGGCCAUACCAUAGUGCCAAACACAGUGUCACCACCAGUAACCAGCGCCUCGAACGACCCAGCGGGGUCCUAUUCCAUUAAUGGCAUUCUGGGCAUUCCUCGAUCCAACGGUGAGAAGAGGAAAAGAGACGAAGAUGGUUCAGAUGGUUCUGGCCCAAACAGUGAUUCUCAGGGUAGUGUGGAGAGUUUACGGAAACACCUAAGGGCGGAUGCCUUCACACAGCAGCAGCUGGAAGCGCUGGACCGGGUCUUUGAACGCCCCUCGUACCCAGACGUCUUCCCUACAUCGGAGCACGUCAAACCAGAACAGGCUAAUGAGUACACGCUGCCUGGCCUCAAUUCCAGCCUGGACGAAGUCAAACCCAGUUUGUCGUCCAACGCCAACCCGGAGCUGGGCCCCAGCGUAUCGCAAAGCUACCCUUUGAUCAGUGGUCGAGACAUGGCCAACACAACCUUACCCGGGUACCCCCCUCAUGUUCCCCCUACGGGGCAGGGCAGCUACCCGACUUCCACACUCGCUGGAAUGGUUCCUGGGAGUGAGUUUUCGGGGAACCCCUACAGUCAUCCACAGUACACCACCUACAACGAAGCGUGGCGAUUCAGCAACCCGGCGUUACUAAUGCCGCGUCGAGAGGCUCGGUCCCACCCACUGCUGCCGCUGCCUAUGACCGCCACUAGUUACCAUGGAAACCAAAUCAACCUGCAGGACCGCCGCCUCAGCCUCCAUAUUUGA